AGUCACCAAUCAGAUUACAGGAGGUGGGAAUAUUUCAGCCAAUCGUAGAGCAGAUAUAUCUCAAUUUAUUAGAAUAUAGGCGGGAAAAGAAGCGAGCCGUAAGAAAGAGAGAGACGCAGAGAGACAACAGCAAUGGCGGACGAGAAGCCCAAGGAAGGAGUGAAGACUGAAAAUAACGAACACAUCAACCUGAAGGUGGCGGGACAGGACGGCUCGGUGGUGCAGUUCAAAAUCAAGAGGCAUACGCCGCUCAGCAAACUGAUGAAGGCCUACUGUGAACGACAGGGACUCACAAUGAGGCAGAUCCGCUUCCGGUUUGAUGGACAGCCCAUUAACGAGACGGACACGCCUGCUCAGUUGGAAAUGGAGGAUGAGGACACGAUCGAUGUGUUUCAGCAGCAGACAGGAGGUGUGAUUUGAAGCAGCGUCAGGUUCCAGUCCUCCAUGUUUCCCUCCAUUGAAGCCUCCAUCAUUCCCUCCAUCGAUCUCACAAGCUUGUGUUUGAACCAUCACAGCAAAACCACAGACUGAAUCAUGGCUGCUCAGAUCCUCACAGACAGUGUUUAAUUUCUCUCUCUCUCUCUCUCUCUCUCUCUCUCUCUCACUUUAAGGCUGUUAUAUGGAAUAUUUUUCACCCUGUGUUCUGGCCCUUGUGGACCUUUUGACCAAAAAAAACAAGAAACCCUAGAACCAUAUUGAUCAGGGUGUAUGUUUAGUUUUGUUCUCUUUUUCUGUUAUUGUUGUUUGUUGUUGUUUUUCUAUUAUGAAUGACAGUCACAGCUAAAGUUUAGUUUUUGUUUUAUUCACUUUACAGCUUUUAUAUCUUUUAUAAUUGUAGUAAUUCUCUUUUUUGUACCCUAUUGGUUUUAUUCAGCCACAUUUACAAUGUGCUGUGUUCCGAAAGUAGAGUUUUUUGUGUCCAAUAAAACAGUUGUAUAAAAUGAA